UGCUGCAACAGAGAGCUAGCCUUCACAGCAGCUUCUGCAAAUCUGGCAAACCACUGUUAAAUAGGACUUUCUGCUUUGUGCUUGUUUGGAUGGCAGAGUAAAGGCAUUUCCCUUGCUUUGUGUGUGCACACUCCCUCAGGACUAACAGCAGUGUAAUUUAUAUAGCAGUCUAAUCAAACACUGGCUGGUAAUUAGACAUCACAUGGCAGGGAACCUAGGCAGCCCAGCUGUAUCCAUGUAAGUAAAAUGAAUGGGAGGGUCACUGACUGUAAACUGAUCCUGCUUCUGCACAAACCCAGCCAACCAUUACUGGACCUCUGCUUGAUUCAGGGAGAACAACCCAGCCGAGCAUUACUGGACCCCUGCUUCAUUCAGGGAGAACAACCCAGCCGAGCAUUACUGGACCUCUGCUUGAUUCAAGGAAAACAACCCAGCCGAGCAUUACUGGACCCCUGCUUCAUUCAGGGAGAACAACCCAGCCGAGCAUUACUGGACCCCUGCUUCAUUCAGGGAGAACAACCCAGCCGAGCAUUACUGGACCCCUGCUUCAUUCAGGGAGAACAACCCAGCCGAGCAUUACUGGACCUCUGCUUGAUUCAAGGAAAACCUGAGGAUCUUUUCUGUCCAUUUCACAACUGCCUUUCUCCCUUUCUAGACAAAUAACAGCAAAAAAAAAAAAAAAAACCUGAAACUUGUGUUACUUACACACAACUGUUUUUUAUGGGAUUUUUUUGUAAGAAAAGUUUUGUGAUUUUCUUCAUCAUCAUCAUCUCUGUCAUUUCAAGGUUAUAAAGCUUGACGAGAGCAGCUCUGUACUUGGAAAACAACAAAAAGCUGGAAAUGGAGCUAACACAGAAGGCAGCUCCGACUCCACCAAGUCUGAAUGGGCACAUGAGAGCAGAGGCCGUAGCCAGCAACUAUGGGCAGCUGGGGCUGCUGGAGGGGCUCUCUGGGGUGAGGGAGCUCCAGAGAGAGAGCCUGCAGCUCUACCAGAAUGGAGCAGCUGGGCGGAGUCACUGCACUGUUGAAGAGGAGGUUCAGAGCUACAACUCCAACAUGAUCCAAUUCAUCAAGGGUGGAGCAAAUGGAAACACGUUCACAGAGAAAUCGCCAUUACUCAAGCUUUCUUCUCAAGAUAAUGGUGUUCAGUACAUGGCGCUUCAUGUCCCAGACUAUACUGAUGGUGAGGAAUCAUGGGAAAGCAGUUCCGCUGAGCUUGAGAAAAGAUGUCGCCUGGGAAGUGAGGUGACCAGUCUCUCCAGAUCUACCGCCUCUGAGAGAUGUGAUCUGCUGGACUCCCUCCAUUGGAACUUCACUCUUUCCAGCAGCUUAAGAUACUGCUUAAGAGUUCUGAAGAUCUCUACGAUUUUCAUCAUUGUAAUGAUCUGCACGUUUUUUUUUAGCACGAAUCCUGACCAUGAAAACCCUUGGCAAAUGCUGUCCGUUUCAUCUGUGGAAAGCUUCGCUGUGAAUCUUACAGAUUUUGGAGAUCACACUCUUUUAAAACUACAAGUCCGAGGACCGUUUGUGGACAGCGUGGCUGACAGGGAGACAGAAGAAUACAUAGUCAUCCAAGCUGAACAGCUGGAAGACGCUGGUGUGAGGAGAAGACGUCCACAGCAGGUAACGUACAACUGGACCAUUCCAUUACAUCCCCAAAGAAUGGAGCAAGUAACCAAGAUGAGAACCUUUGAGAUGCUGAACAGUGUUCCUGUCUCUAUAGGCAUCCAGGCUUUCCUGAAAGACAGUCAAGUUGUUCCUCUCAGUUUGACUCAUCAGUCCAUCUAUGCCAACGUGGAGACUCAAGUUGUAAUUGCAGCCGUCAUCCUGGCAGGAGUCUACGUUCUGAUUAUAUUUGAGAUUGUUCACAGGACUCUUGCAGCAAUGCUGGGCUCUCUGGCUGCGUUGUCUGCAUUGGCUGUGAUUGGUGAUAGGCCAAGUCUGGUUACAGUGGUGGAGUGGAUUGAUUAUGGAACCCUUGCGCUAUUGUUUGGCAUGAUGAUUUUGGUGGCAAUAUUUUCAGAAACUGGAUUUUUUGAUUACUGUGCUGUCAAGGCUUACCAGCUCUCCAGGGGAAGGGUGUGGCCCAUGAUUAUCAUUCUCUGUCUCACUGCUGCCAUUCUGUCAGCUUUUCUGGACAACGUUACCACGAUGCUUCUCUUCACCCCAGUCACUAUAAGGUUGUGCGAGGUGCUUAAUCUAGACCCGAGGCAUGUCCUGAUUGCAGAAGUGAUUUUCACAAACAUUGGAGGAGCUGCCACAGCUGUCGGGGAUCCACCCAACGUGAUCAUCGUCUCAAACCAAGACCUGCGGAAGAAAGGGAUCGAUUUUGCAGCGUUCACGGGGCACAUGUUCCUGGGAGUAGCUCUCGUUCUAGUGACGUCCUUUCCAUUCCUGAGGCUGCUUUAUUGGAACAAAAAACUGUACAACAAGGAACCUAGUGAGAUUGUUGAACUAAAGCAUGAAAUCCAUGUGUGGAGACUCACGGCUCAGCGCAUUAACCCUGCCAGUCGUGAAGAGACUGCUGUGAAGUGUCUUUUGAUGCACAAAGUGCUGACUCUGGAGAGCCUGCUGAGGAAGAAGCUGCAAACAUUUCAAAGGCAAAUUUCACAAGAAGAUAAAAACUGGGAAACUAAUAUUCAAGAACUGCAAAAAAAGCACAGAAUAACAGACAUAAUCCUCCUGGUCAAGUGCAUCAGUGUUCUGGGAGUUGUAAUCCUGAUGUUCUUUCUCAAUUCCUUUGUUCCAGGCAUUUAUCUUGAUCUUGGAUGGAUUGCUAUGUUUGGGGCUCUGUGGUUGCUGGUUCUAGCUGACAUUCAGGACUUUGAGAUAAUCCUACACAGAGUGGAAUGGGCAACCCUCCUGUUCUUCGCUGCACUGUUUGUGCUGAUGGAGGCAUUGGCCCAGCUGCAGCUGAUUGACUACAUUGGAGAGCAGACCGCUGUAUUGAUAAAGGCUGUGCCUGAAGACCAGCGGCUGGCAAUUGCUAUCAUCUUGGUGGUCUGGGUUUCUGCUCUGGCAUCGUCCCUCAUUGACAACAUCCCAUUCACGGCCACAAUGAUCCCUGUGCUCAUUAAUCUAAGUCAGGAUGCUGAUGUGAACUUACCGCUGAAUCCUCUUAUUUAUGCACUUGCAAUGGGAGCUUGUCUUGGAGGGAAUGGGACACUGAUCGGAGCUUCUGCCAAUGUCGUCUGUGCUGGGAUUGCAGAACAGCAUGGCUACGGCUUCUCCUUCAUGGAAUUCUUCAGGCUGGGGUUUCCAAUGAUGCUUGUGUCCACCUCUAUCGGUAUGUGCUAUCUGCUGGUCAUUCACGUUGCACUCGGAUGGAACUCCUAACUCGCCCACAUGCUUGGACCAAAGAGCUCUGCUUCUGUUUUCAUUGUAUCCAUGAAUAGAGAGAGCUUGAUCAAUCUGUGGGAAAAAGAGUUUUCAGCUCAGUUUAAAAUGACGGGCAACCCGAUUCUUGAUCGACCAAGAGAUGCUGAGUAACACCACAAGGGAAUACUCUUUGUUCUAAGAGCACAUUUCAUCUGUAUUUUAUUUGUAAACUUGCCUUGCAGCAUUGAAUUCUGUACGAUGCUUGGGAGAUGUUUCACUGUUACAGUUCAUAUUUAACCCUGCAAAACCUGUUUAUGAUAAAAUGCUAGCAUAUAUGAUGUGGUUGUAUGGUUACUGAAGAGCUGACAAUA